UGGCCUUGGUGAGUGAAACUUGGGGUGCUGCCUGCUGGGAAGGAAAUCUGGAAACACGGACACUGUAGGGGUGACCCCGUCUUGUCAGACCCUGAGACUCUUGAAAUCUCAUGGGUGGGGAUUGUGGUGGUGAAAGAAUUCGAGUGUGCCUCCCUUCUUUACCCCAAAACGGAAAACAAAACAAACCACUUGCUAUUCUUGAGGCUGCAUGACCAUUCAGGGGAGCGGGGAGCCCCUUCUGAAUUCAGAAUAGGACGGCAUCAACAAGCAGAUAACCUGUUCUGAACCUGAAUAGAUUCUGCCUUCUGAGGAGACCUUGAGAGUGUAAGAAGUGCCAGGAAGUAGCCCUAGAUUUGGGGAGUUCAUUACACACCCCAACCAUGUUCCUGCGACGGCUUGGUGGCUGGCUACCUCGCCCUUGGGGCCGCCGGAAACCCAUGAGGCCUGACCCACCUGCCCCAGAACCCAAAUGGGUGGACAGCUCCCCUGAGAAUUCAGGGAGUGAUUGGGACAGUGCCCCAGAAACCAUGGGAGAUGUGGGGCCUCCCAAGACCAAGGACUCAGGGACACUGAGGAGUUUCCGGGCUGCUCCAGAACCAAGCAGGGAGCCCCAAGUUGAGCAACAGGGGAACAAAAGAAUGGAUUCCCUCAAGUGGGACAAGACUGUCUCUAGCACUCAAGAGUCUGGGAGACUGGAGGAUGGAGGGGCCAUUCCAAAACUAAAAUGGGAUCCUGUGGAUUCAGGUGGCACCAGGAGUCCUGGGGUGUCUCUUGAAGGGGGACUGGGCGCCCCUGGGCCAGAAGUCCCAGUGGAGAAAACUGGCCAACAUCAGAAGCUGCUGGGCUGGCUGCGGGGGGAACCAGGGGCACCCCCACGGUACCUGGGGGGCCCAGAGGAGUGUCUGCAGAUCUCUACCAACCUGACCCUACACCUGUUAGAGCUGCUGGCCUCAGCCCUGCUGGCGCUGUGCUCUCGGCCACUGCGGGCAGUCUUGGAUGCAUUGGGUCUUCGAGGACCAGUGGGCCUCUGGAUUCACGGGCUACUGUCUUUCCUUGCUGCUCUGCAUGGGCUCCAUGCUGUGCUGAGCCUACUUACUGCCCACCCUCUACACUUUGCCUGCCUCUUUGGCCUCCUGCAGGCGCUGGUGUUGGCUGUCAGCCUCCGGGAGCCUGGUGGGGAUGAGGAGGCCACUGACUGGGAGGGUGAGGGUUUCCUGAGGGAGGGUGAAGAACAGAGGGGAGAUCAAGGAAAGGGACUGUGACUAUGGGGUGGGGUGGGGGCAAAAAGCGAAGAUAGUGUGGCCUUUAGUAAAAGACUGGGGAGCAUGACUCUGAUUGUAAGCACAGGGACCUCAGGGAUCAGAAAGAAACCCGAGAGUGAGGCACAGGGCCCCCCUUCAUACACAGGAGAGAACAGAGCUGUUUAGCUGAGAGAACAGACAUGUUUAUGGAUGGUGGGCAUUACCCUAGGAUUCACCAGCUGUUGUUACUUUCUGCUUUUACAUUUAUCCUUUUACAUUUUUUCUUUCCACUUCCAUUAAAAAAAAAAAAA